AUGUGUGGUAUUGGAUUUUAUGAUUCACAAUGUAUUCUAUCAUCAUCAUCAUUAGAAUUAUUAAAUAAUAAUAAUUUAAUUCAUUCCGAUGAUGAAGAUGAAGAUAGAGUUGGUAAUAAUGAUGAAUUGAAUAACAAGAGCAAUUCAUCAUUAUCAUUAUCAAAUAGUAAUGAUGAUAAUAAUGAUGAAAAUUGGAAUGAAAUUGAAAACAAAAUUGGAAAGAGAAGUUUAGUUUAUUAUUAUUCUAAUGGAAAGUUGAUUAUUUCUAGUAAUAGUAUUCCUGGAAUGGAAUUUAAAUCAAUUCCACCAUUUAUAUUUCAAUUAAAAAAUAACCAAUUAAAGAAAUAUGAAUAUAAAAGUAAUUUUAUUAAUAAGGAAAGAAUUUUAUUUAAAGAAUUACAAGAUUUACAUUCAGAAGAAUAUAAAAAUGUAUUAAAUGAUUUUUAUAGAAUUUUUUCAGAUUCAAUUUCUAAAAGAAUUAAUUUUUUACAAAGACCAAAAUUAACAAAUUUGGAAAAUACUAAAAAUGGAAGUGAAAACAAUUUAAAUGAUAUUGAAAAUGAAGCAAAUUAUGCAAUUUUAUUUUCUGGUGGAAUUGAUUCACUUGUUUUAGCUUCACUUUCACAUUUAAAUUCAUUAAAUAAUUUAAAUGAAAAAAUUACAUUAUUAAAUGUUUCAUUUGGUAAUUCAUUGGAACAAGUAUCAAAAGGACAUGAUAGAAUUCAAUCUAUUCAAGCAUUUAAAAUGUUAAAUGAUAAAUAUGGAAAUAGAUUUAAUUUAGUAUUAAUUGAUGUUUUAAAAGCACAAGUUGAAGAAUAUGCCAAUACUAUUAAACAAUUAAUUUAUCCAAACAAUACAGUAUUAGAUUAUACUAUUGGAUGUGUAUUAUGGUUUGCUAGUAGAGGAAGAGGGUAUUUAUAUGGGAGUGAUACAAGUCAAUUGGUACAAUCUCAAAGUAGAGUUUUAUUGUGUGGAGUUGGAAGUGAUGAACUACUUGGAGGUUAUCGAAGAUAUCUUAAAAGAUUCAAAGAUGAAGGAUGGGAAGAUUGUGGUAUAGAAAUUUGGGAAGGGAUGAUCGAAUUAUUGCAUCACAUGGAAGAGAGUGUAGACAUCCAUUCUUGGAUGAGAAUUUAA